AUGGGCCUUCUGGAAGCACGCCAAAUCUUCAACUCCGACCGAACCGUUAACUCCUUGAUGCUGUGCCUGAAGUGUGGGAUUCUGUCAAAGUUCAAUCAGCUUGUUGACAACUGGAAAGUCUACAUCGACACCUGCGAGAUCGACAUGAGCCUCAAGAUAACCAGCAGCGAUGUGACCAUCGAGGAAGCCUCGCAAAGAAGAGAUAACAACGAACUUCACGCAGACAGACUGCGGGACUUAAUAUCAGUCGAUCAUGAGUCAGGAACAUCAGAAACACAGGAUUGUCCAGAGACAUCGGCUGAUUCAGGUGCCCGGGCAGCUCGCUUAGAUGAGUAUGAGAUGAAUGCUCAUGGUUAUAAACAAGAUGUCGAGCGCCAGGACUACUUCUUCUCCCACCACGGACCUGAAGGGCACGAACGACUGACAACACUGGAUAACAUUGAUACUCGUCUGGCCGAUCAGUCAAUUGCCACGCCUAUAGCCUAUAUAGUGACUGAAGAGAAUUUUCUGGAGGAAGUCGAACGGGACUCCACCUGA